AUGGCAGAAAUGUAUACCGGCAGACCUUUAUUCCCAGGAACAACAAACGACGAUCAAUUGGUAAAGAUUUUUAAGACAAUGGGCACACCACCAGAAUCCAUUUGGAAAGGGUUAGUAACUUAUCCUGAACAUUUGAAACGGUAUCCUACUUAUCCACAACAAGAUUUGAAACAAAUGAUCCCGAUAAUUGAUAAUAUUGGUUUAGAUUUGUUAAGCAAAAUGUUGGUUUAUGAUCCUGAUCAAAGAAUCACAGCAAAAAGUGCAUUAAGUCAUGUUUAUUUUACAAUCCCUAACAAUAAUAAUAUGAGAUUCACAAAUCCAAAUAGUGUUGGUGGUGGUAUGCCUUUACAACUAAAUACGAUGCCACAACAACACACACAUGGUGUAAAUAUGCAGUCAAUCAAUCUACAAAAUCUACAAUUACUAUCAUCAGCAGCAGGUGUUAACAUGUCAACAGCAAUGCCUCUACAACAAAAUGUUAUUCAACCAAUCAUGACUGUACCUCCACCUCAAAUCAUUCCAGCUCCACCAAUGGCUCCAGUACAACAAUUGUUAAAUCUUCCAUCUAAUAGUGCAUCAAUUCCUCCACCUUUGAGACAUCAGACAAGAAGGCAAACAUAUGAUUCGCAAACUUUAUCAAAUAAUGACCAUCCUCCCAUUACACCAUUAAAAAAAAUGUUUGCUGCUUGUAGUGGAGCUUUAUUAACUUCACUUUUUACAACACCAUUUGACGUAGUAAAGGUUAGAUUACAAGCACAAAGCAUUUCCAAUAAUAAUCCAAAUCUAUCUCCUAAUCAAGCAUCAUCAUCAUUAUGUUGUACCGCUUCAAAUACAUCAAUUACUCUCCCAUCAUCAUCUACUCAGAAAGUAAUAGUAACAAGAAAUCAUCAUCAUCAAUUUAAUGGAAUACUGGAUGGUAUAAUUAAAAUGGUCCGUUAUGAAGGAGUCACAUCUUUAUGGCGAGGUCUUUCACCAUCAUU